UUGCUGAACUCGUGCUGAGCAGAAAAACCUCUCAGAGUACAACAAUGAGUGUAAGCAAGCAUACUGGACUAGUUUGAAUGGAAGUUAACUUUAGUGAAACUACCCGUAGUGUUCACUACAUGUGCUCAUUGGGUUUCCAAAGCACUGUGUUAAAUGGAGCUGGAGGACCAAUGGUGGAGAGGACAACUGGCUGCAGAUAUAUACCAGGCGCUACGGUACAAAGAGCUCAAGUUGCCAUCCUACAAAGGCCAGUCCCCUCAGCUGAACUUGAGACGAUACUUUGCAGACCUCAUAGCCAUCGUCAGUAACCGCUUCAGGCUGUGUCCUGCAGCCAGACACCUGGCCGUCUACUUGCUGGACCUCUUCAUGGACCGCUAUGAUGUUACGGUGCAGCAGCUUCACAUGGUCUCACUCUCAUGUCUUCUGUUGGCUAGUAAAUUUGAGGAAAGGGAAGAUCGGGUUCCAAAGCUGGAGACCCUGAACAGCCUGGGCUGCAUGAGUUCCAUGAACCUGGUCCUGACCAAACAGGGUUUACUACACAUGGAGCUCCUCCUGCUGGAAACCUUCCAGUGGAACCUGUACCUCCCCACAGCCGCUCAUUUCAUAGAGUACUACCUGUCUAUUGCCGUCCAUGAGGGAGACCUCCAUGAUGGCUGGCCUAUGACCUGCCUGGAGAAGACUAAAUUAUACAUGGCCAAGUAUGCUGAUUAUUUCCUGGAGGUUUCCUUGCAAGAUCAUGUGUUUUUGUGUUUUGCCCCCUCACUGGUGGCUGCUGCGUGUGUGGCCGCCUCCCGCCUCAUCCUCCACCUGUCCCCUACAUGGCCACCCCGACUGCAGCGCCUCACAGGCUACACAUGGGAGAACCUCAUCCCAUGUGCAGAGAAACUGCUCAUUGCACAUGACAGUGAUGUCAAAGAGGCCAACAAGCAGAAGUGCCAGCAGCCCAGCCAGCAGCAGCAGCAACAGCAACAGCAGCAGAUGGUGUACCACAGUUCAGGCCAGACAGCCACUGUGGCCCAGUACCUGCACCGGCCCAGCGUGCAGUAUCCCCAGCAGGCUAACCACAGACCUGCCUCCUACCUCAGCCACUCCACCACCAACCUGCAGGCGCCGAAUGGUCCCCAGCACGGCAACACCCAGGCCAUCGCUGCCUCACUGGAUCCAAAGUCUAACAUCACUAACAGGGCUUACCAAGUCAGCAUGCACUACAGCUGCCCUGCUCCGUGCUUUGACAGAUGAUGGGUUUUCAGGAUUUAGUAAUUUUUUGGGGGGAGGAAGCGAAAAGAGAUGGUGAUCUGUUUUUCUUGAACAUUACAGAAUACACUGAAGGAAAGAGGGUGUUUUUAAUUUGAAGAGACUUGAUGAGAUUGGUGCAGCACUUUUGAACCAUAAGGUGUACACAAUGUGCAAUAUGCUUGCUCUGCUGUAAUUUUCUGUGGAGAGCCUGCGUGAGGAAUUUUGUUUUCAAGAUGUUUGCGAUAUCAAGAAUGAAUGAUGUUGAGAGGUGACUUUAGGCAGAGUUUGCACCACUAUACCCACUAGUGUUACCAUAUAAUUUAGCUACAGACCAAAAGUUGUCUUGUAUUUAAUUAAGCCAAAGUACCUCAGAAGUAUUGAACACAUUUACCUAGUGCCUGUAGUCUUUAUGACUAUUACUAUGCUAAGUUAGAAGUAACAAAAGGGAUUUAAGUCAGUUUGUGGUUGAAAUAAGAAAGCAUAGUUUGCGUAGUUCUGUACCUUAAAUUUUUGUUUGUUUGUUUUGAUGUUAUUUGUAAAACUAGAAAAGAAUCUACUCCUCUAGAUUUCAGAAUUUCUUUGCUGAGAAAAUUGUUGCUCUUUUGUACACAGAGGAUUUCAGUCAGUGCUGUGCACUUCUACGAUGAUAGUUUUAAAUAAAAUACAAAUCUGUGUUA